UGCUCAAGCGCGAUGGGGGGCAGCUCCAACACGAGCGGCGGUGGUGGCACCGGAGGGAAGGACAAGGAGGACAAGGGCAAGGGCUCCUCGGUCUCCUUCACGGAAGGCGAGAAGGUGCUCGCCUACCACGGCCCGCUCCUCUACGAGGCCAAGGUUCAGAAAACUGAAAAUCGGGAGGACGAGCGGCGGUAUUUCGUCCAUUAUCUUGGCUGGAAUAAAAAAUGUGAUGAAUGGGUCGCAAGUGAUCGUUUAUUGAAGUUGACAGAGGAGAAUGUUCGCAAACAACUAGAGCUGAAAAACCAGUCAAUGGAUAAAACCGUCAAGAUUGGUAGACGGUCAGCACAGCAUAACCCAGAAGGCUCUAAUGCAGAUGCAAAAGCCGAUAAAGAGGACACUAAGGAUCUUGUCAAGGGAAAGAAGCGCAAGAAUCAGCUUGGCGUUGAGGUGGCUAUCAUUCCCAAACAUGUACAUUGUGAAAUACUCCCACCGUCCGGAAAUACUUGUCGGAGAAAUGGGAGUAUUUGAUUUGAUUUUCUAUAAAGUUCAUAUUCUUGCGUAUUAUCCAUAUACAGAACAAACAAUACUAAUAUUAAACAUAUCUCCUUUUGCACUUC